GAACCGCACGUUGUUGCAUAACGAGCCGAGUGAUUCUUCUUGUCCGGUUGCGCUCCAACUAGAUAAUAUUAUAAUUCCACCAAGCGUGACCACUUGCUGAAGACGCAUUCCAGGGCGAGAUUGAAGAAUCGCCCGUGUCGUUUAUGGCGCAUUUGAAGGGCCGAUUGCUCGUAAUGGGUGUCGCGUGGGCCUUGACAGAGCGCACGUGGUCGUCCUGUCUCGAAGACAGGAAAGAGAGGAAUGGCCAGCCAACGAUCGAAAGAAGGAAAAAGAGGCAACGAAACAGAUUGGCGAAAGUAAGGGGCAGGAGGAGAGUCGGCAAGACUCGGUGAUUCUUAACGAUAAUCAUCGCAUCCGGGAUAUGCCGUGGCUUUGUCGUUGUGGAGACGAAAAUGCCGCAAGGGUGAAGAUCUAAUCGUUGAGGAGACAGGCCGCUAACGACUAUAGAGGAAACAAGGCGGAUAGAGGCCUCUUCUUAUACUUUCACGCGACCGAUUACACGCAUCGUUUUAAUCAAGCCGCACAUUUUAAUUACAAGCGGCCGUCAGCCUUAUGUAAAUAGCCAGAUAAUGGAUACAAUGAUGAGAACUUGGUACAGGUUGCCGGUACGUCGUCGUGAACCUUCUCUCCUUUCGUUUGCCAUUGAAGUAACCAACUCGUUAAAAAAUGCGUCACAACUGACUGACUGAAUGGUACACGUUAAUGAACCACGGGGGAUUGUACCACCGCGUAAUCGACGAACUUCAACGACUUCCUGUCUGCGGCGACCGGAGGAACAGGUGACCUAAUUCACCGUAAAGUAACUCUUGCUCUCUAUCCGCUGGUGGUCCGCCGGUAAUCCGAUCUGUCUAUUGGUAAAUGAGACGGGGAGCCGCUCGUCUAACGUGGCCUCAGCACGUGAGCACCGUAGCCAGUUCUUACUUGCGAUCAGGCUGAACGAAGGGGAUGUUUCGAUCGGGGUGAAGAUGAACGACUCAAUUCGAUUAACCUAUACAACACGAAGUUCUUUAUGCUGUGGCAUAAGAACUAGAUACGCACGAUGUGCAAAGAACGAAUACGCGACGGGAAAGAAAUGAAGGAAAAAUGAAAAGGAAACGAGUUACGAGACAAGAAUACCGCCAGAUGCGAUCAACAACGAGGAGUCGAGCCAACCAACGGGGAGUGAGUUUUUUGGGAAAACGUAUUCAUCGUAGAUCCCGACGUUCAUUCUCCCUUGACUGCAAAGCAAAUGUAUUCUAUUCUUAUUGAAAGAAAGCGGAGAUGAAGACGCCAGAUACUCUCGAUGGGAAGUUCGCACGCUCUGACUGGCUCGAGCAGGGGAGAGAGAGAGAGAGAGAGAGAGAGAGAGAGAAGAAAGCGAGGCUAAAUUAUUGAUGAAAAACAGGAAUUCGUCGCGAAGCGAUGGGACGGCCGAUCGGAAGUUUUCGCGUGAAAUUUGCAUUGCGGAUUUAACAUGCCCGUUACCCAGGCAGCCGUUCAUCUCUACUUUGUCGCUGCAUUAUGUAUGACGCACACAGCGGAGCUCCUCGAGCCUGCAGCAGCCCUGCUACGGAUUCGAAAGUGUCGCAGACUACUCGACACACAUUCUCCUAUCUAACCUUCCCGGUGCUUAUCUCGCGUGCUACCUUUUAACGUACUAUCAGCCAACAUUCUUGCGUCCUCGUGGUUAAUGAUAAAAGCAAGAGUGUCCCCAGGGGAGAAUACCCACCGGCGAGUCCGCGCUCGGAUAUAUCGGUUUUUCCAAUAAACUUUCUGGGAACUCGGCCAUGAAACACUCGUCGUAAUACGCGCGCACGCCGUUUCAUGGAAUUCUGAAUAGAAAAUUUACCGAGGAGAUUCCCGUGAAUGCACGAUUUUAUUCAUACGCCACACCGGGGACUAUUGUAUGUAUGUACGACGUACAGUAGCUUGGAGUGAUACGUACGUUCUUCACGUUCUCAGGAUACUUUCAUUUACAAGCGAUAUUACGAUUGAAAUAUCGCAAUAAUUUCACCUUGACACUAAUUUAUACGUUUCGUCUACAAGACAGAGUACCUAAUUUUACAAAGUUACAGCAGAAGCGCGACGACAGCGGAUUGUUCGUUUGGUAGUUCGCUUGUUCAAAGUUCUUUUCAUUCUGAAACCAGUCUUCGGUGGCAAUCAACGUGUUAAUUGACAAUGCUUCUUGAAACUUCGAUUGGCUUCUUCAGGCUGUUGAUAGAUCUCAUUAUAAAAUAACGAAUCCUCCCCGUUAAGAUGCCGCGUUGACGGAAUAAUUACUCGAAAUGCGUCGAUUAACGCGUCGAUGUUUUCAAACGAUCGUCAGGAUCAAAGCGAGAUCGAGUACUAGUUCGCGCAAUUAUCCCGCGAUAAACACAUCAUUAUUACAUACCAUCGAGACACGUUUACGCGUGAUCUACGAGAUUUUAAUUACGCCCUCGAGCCAACCGGAAAGGAAUAGACGCGUCAGACGAAAGCAUUCGCGUGAGCGGCUAGCUGACAGGUCGCUACGGCUGCAGCAAAACGGAAUAAUUACGCCAAAACGAGUCACAAAGUUGGCCGGUUUUCGACGAAACUUGUGAAUUUGCCAGGGAGCGGUGGGAGAUCGUGCUGCACGAAACAUCGUAAUAAUUGUAAUGGAAUUAUGUUUCGAUGAGAAUGAAACGGGACAACGGGAUAAGGAGUGAGCUUUUGCUGCCUGGUAUUUCGUUAUUCGGAUAUUUCCUCUCUGGCCACGCGUUCCACUCGCGAACUCUUGCUCAUUCGAUAAUAAUGGAUUGUUGCAGCGAACGUAAAGUGAACCGUGUUGCUCCGGUCGUGCAUUCUAAUUGGCGAAACUGAAGUGCAAUUUAAUAUAGGAGAGUCAGGACGAAAUUUACAGUUUACCUUCCGUCCUUUGUACGUACGUAUUCACGAAUUUCCUGGAAUUUCCACGUUCGCCUCGAUUAUUUUCGAUUGAUGGCCCAGAUUUGAAUUGCCAUCGAACGUACACCAAAUGGAAAUUUACUUUCGUCGGAGAGGUAUAAUGGGAAUUUAUAGAGGUAAUACUCUGCUUUAAUUAAUUAAUCAAAAGAUAGCAGUUCAAUGGACUUCAGUUCAUUAGAUUAACAAACAUAUAAAAAUAAAAGACACGCAUUGAUCAUAUCUGCUUAAUUAAAAACUAAUAGCAGCAACUAUUAGCAGAAUCAAGUGGAGUAAACUAAGCUUCUCAGCUUACCAACGUUUGUACAUCGUAGCGCAAACGAAUUCAUCACGAGGUUUCCACCUUCACGUGGCGCACCAUUUUCUCCAGGUUGCAACCGAGCGCAGGAACGCUAACCACCGUGUAUGGAUGCACGUACAUGCAAGUUUGCCUUUUCACGACAUAUUUCCCCACCUGAAGAGGAGAUAGACACCCGAGAGCCUGUGCGCAGCUUCUACGAAAACGUAUGAACAUUUCACCUGGACCGUCCACCUCUCCGGGCCUCAGUCUCCGCAAUAUCGCAAAUAUUCUGGCGCCAUCGACUUUCCAGCCUGCAGUCUAAAUAAAUAGCCGAUCGACGAGGACUUAGUUAUGCAUGCGACUCGGUCAAAGCGAGCACACGACGCCAGCGUGCUCGGGCUUGCUGAAUACUCGACGAACGACGGCCUGAACAAGUGGCCUCUGCCUUUUCGAUGGCUUCUACAAGAGCUAUGAUUUGUUUCUCGCCGGACGGACUCCUGUUGAAGGAAGGCCCAAGACGAGUGGCAAAAAACGAGGAAAGUGAUUUCAGCGAUGUCGAGUGUCGAGCUGAAGAAGGAAGAGCUCUGGCAAGAGCUUAACCACUUCGCAAGUUUUAAUCACGAGUCGACGUUCAGUUGCAACGUACUUGAGGUUAACGCUGACAACGAGUUACGCUGCGUUGUCUUAAUUGUUUGAAACUCUGACUAACCGUGAGUGAGUAACUAGAACGGCGAAUUUUUAUGAAUUCAUGGGACAACUGGAAGUUGCAGGCGCAGACUGCCUGCAAUGCGCAAAAUAUGCAAAACAUGGAGGUAUUACAUGUAGUAGAUGUAAAAUAAAUUUCUCUGAACUUUUGUCUUUAUAUCGUUUUUUAAAGAAGAUUCUUCAGGGAGAGAGAUGAAUGAACAAGGAGACAAAGAAGGAUGUACAGUUUUUCUACGGAAAUUUGCAGUCCGCUAUCGGAAACAAGCAGGAUUUUAUAAAAAAUCAACAAUGAAAUAACUUGCAGCGCAGAAUAUAUUUUUAAUGAUAGAAAACAGUGUGAAAAGUCACGUAAGAACCGUACAGAUGACCGUGAAAGAAAAGGAACAGAGGGAAGGGAAGGAAGAUGCUAACAGAAGAGAGGAGACAGCAUCCGCAUCGAAGAUAGCGCCUACGUUAAUAGUUGCCAUGGUUUACCGAGCAGUUGCCGGCGUGGCAUAAGCAAAUUUGAAGCGCGCGUGUCUAAAUCGCUGUUAAAAACACUGAUAAGCUUAGAAUGCACACUGCUAUGUGCAAUGCUUGAACGAUUCUCAAAAUUCGUCGUUAUCAGCUGGAGUUUCGUGUCAUUCGAUUUGAACUGCCGGUCGCUGAACGAUCCGCAGCGAAACUUUCCUCCCCUUGAAUUUCGCCCAAUAAACGUGCUCUGGCAGUCAUGGUAGUUGGGAUUUCGACAACGACACGCUGCACGUAAUAAACCCGAGACCAACGCAUUACGGCACAGGUGUUGCUUUACAGCGAGCUGCCGAAGAAAAUUCUUGGCUGAACGCGAUCGUAACGCGUUAAUCAUUAAUUUUGGAAUUUCCAAGUGGUUCGUUUAAUUCUUUUUCGAAUCUACCUAUUAGUUAAACAUCAAUUUACAUUAGUCACGUCAGCCCUACAUUCUAAAAAUUGAAAUUUGGAUUCGAAAUCCAUGGAUCUGCAAUUUUCCACUGCUCUCAAGUCGAAAUCAGAGUUUCGUGCUACGAAUUCUGAGACAAAGGAUCAAAGAAGUUUAAUCUAUCAUACGUAUUAUUUGACGGUUACAUAAUUCUCUGGUAACGAAAGAGUGAUACACAGGCACGCAGAAGAUUUGUCGAAUCGUUCGUCCAGUGUUUCUGGCCCUCGAUCUUCCCCAGUCAUGUUUCACGCGUUGGAUCUUUACGACUGACUGAUUCGUGACACGAGGAAGAACAGUGCAGUACACCCUGCGGUACGCUAUUUUUUCAACGAGGCGAUCGAAGGACGCGCCGAGGCAAUGGUGGUUCUUCGUUUUGAAUUUGCAUCCCCGUUUCGCCGCGUUUAAGCGGGCUGCGCAAGUUGCAGGCCUCGUGUGAACGACCCAGGGCCUCAUACGAAAAUGUAAAUAUUUGGACGGGAGAGCAGCUGCCAGUGAAGGGGAGUAUUCGCUUUUUCAGGUAAUAGCCCCGAUAUAUACCCGUGGGGGCGUCUUGCCUGCUACGCCAGCGAUACGUUAUCCUGCCACCGGCCAGAUACUUUUCUCACACCUUCUCUGCAGAUCUUUGGCACGGGGUUUUGCAAUUGUACGAACAAUUUGUGUUUAAACGGAAUGGACUGUGUAAUAGUUUCGUCGAUAAUUCAGAAUGUUCACUUUCAAAUAAGUGAAAAGCAUCGUACUUUCAUACAUUAUUUAAAUAGAAAAUCUAAAGUCUAAACUUCGUCCAACACGAGUUACGAACCAGAAGCAAUUCCUUGUCAAUCAAUGUUUAAUCGUAAACCAACCCACGUCGAACCUACCAAAGCAGGUAAAUUCGGAAAUUUGGAAAACUCAAGUUUCAAUUGACAGCAGUCUACUUGGAGCCAAUAAGUCACGAGUCAAGCCAAGUGUAAAUCAAUCGUAAAUCAUCUCGCGUUGAAUCAUCGAAAGAAAAUCCAAGGAAAGCCGAAGCUCUAAUUGACUUGGAGACAACCUCAUCCGACACGGUUACAAAUUAAAUCGGAGAGAGCAACUGUCUGGCCGACUGUUUAAUCACAAACCAACCCUCGGCGUCGAGUCUGCGAAAGAGGAAAAACAGUUCUAACCGACUGCUACCUAUCACGAGUCGCGAAUCUUACGACCAGAAGCAUCUCCUCGCUAAUGUCCAAUCGUAAAUCAACUCGCGCCAGACCAACGAAAAGAAACAAUACAAAGGAGAAACAGCUCGAAGAGCUUCAAGAUCAAAGUUCUAAUUGACUGCUGCUUAACGGACGGCUGUUUAACUGCGAGGACGAACACGACUCGAUCUCCCGGUCUCGCUCCGAUCAGCAACCAGUAGGCGAACAACAGGCGGAUCAGGCGGUCCCAAUAGGGUGAAACGUGAUUUCUCCACUUCGCCUUCCGUGCCCCUUCCAUGGACCGAUCGUGGUGGCACUCGCGGAGGAUACACUUGGCGCGGCUUGCCGGCUCCGUCAGGCGACCGAGUAGUUUUCUGGCGCUGGUUGGCGGUGCAGCUGUUUCCAGACUGGAGCGGCCGCCUGGCUGGAAGUUCAGUCUGGUUGCGACCGUCGGCGAGGUCGUGUCGUAGCCUGCCGUUUUUGCGGUCGCGCUCCUUGCUUUCCCGCCACGUGCUACGCUUCUUUCUCUCUUUUUCUCACUCUCUUUCUCUCUCUCUCUCUCUCUCUCUCUCUCACUUUCUCUUUCUUUCUUUCUCUCUCCUCGCUCUCCUCUGUCGCAGUCUCGUCUCAGACAACCGACACAACAUCUCGGAACCGGCUCCCGGUCCGAAACUCACCACGCGACGUGCACGUCGCGCUCACCAUCCAACGAGGAGGAGACUCGGGAGGACUCAGACUUCAUCUAGAGACUAGCCACAACCGACCGCCAUGAUAUGACACUCGAUUGAGAGGAAGAGCGUGCAACCGACGAUCAACCACCAUGAGGAAGUUACUGCAGUUUUUGGCGCUGCUGUUGUUGUUGGGUGUCAAUGCCAGGCGAACGGACGCAGACGCCCCUGUCGAUGACGUUUACGGCGGCAGCCAGCGUCGUGGUGGUUCCCUUCACAAGUCUAAUUACAACGGCGGCAACAACAAUUACAAUUCGCAGUCAAACUCGCCCUAUCUACCGUACCAGCAGCCCAGAGAGAGGAAGCCCAACAUAGUGCUGAUUCUGACGGACGAUCAAGAUGUUGAACUCGGUUCGCUGAACUUCAUGCCACGGACCCUAAGGCGAAUAAGGGACGAGGGAGCCGAGCUGAGACACGCAUACGUGACCACUCCUAUGUGUUGUCCGAGCAGGAGCUCCUUGCUGACCGGCCGUUACGUUCACAAUCACGAGGUCUUUACGAACAACGACAACUGCAGCAGCCCCCAGUGGCAACGGGAUCACGAGCCGCACUCGUUCGCCGCUUACCUGAGCAACGCAGGAUAUCGUACCGGUUACUUCGGCAAAUACCUGAACAAGUACAACGGCUCGUACAUACCGCCAGGCUGGCGAGAAUGGGGCGGUCUCAUAAUGAAUUCACGGUACUACAACUACAGCGUGAACAUGAAUGGGAAGAAGAUAAAGCACGGCUUCGAGUACAGCAAGGACUAUUAUCCGGACCUGAUAGCGAACGACAGCGUGGCUUUUCUACGCCAGAGUAAACACAAUUUCGCCCGGAAGCCGGUGAUGCUGGUCGCGAGUUUCCCGGCGCCGCACGGCCCGGAGGAUUCAGCGCCGCAGUUCUCGCACCUCUUCUUCAACGUCACCACUCACCACACGCCGGCUUACGACUACGCUCCGAAUCCUGACAAACAGUGGAUCCUGCAGGUGACGCAGAAAAUGCAGCCGAUUCACAAGCAGUUCACGGACCUACUGAUGACCAAGAGGCUGCAAACGUUGCAGAGCGUCGACUACGCGGUGGACAGGAUUUACCAAGAACUGAAAGACCUGGGCGAGCUGGACAACACGUACAUCAUCUACACGUCCGACCACGGCUACCAUUUGGGACAGUUUGGCCUGAUCAAAGGGAAGAGCUUCCCGUUUGAGUUUGACGUCAGGGUGCCGUUCUUGAUCCGAGGUCCUGGAAUCGAACCUGGCACCAUAGUAGACGACAUAGUUUUGAACAUCGACUUGGCGCCGACGUUCCUGGAUAUAGCCGGCGUCGAGACGCCGCCGCAGAUGGACGGUCGUUCUUUCAAGAAACUUUUUCAGAACAAACACGGGAGAAGAUCGAAGUUCAAGUGGCCGGAUACGUUUCUGAUCGAAUCUUCCGGUCGACGAGAAACUCCGGAAUCGAUCGCGGAAUCAAAGGCACGGGAGGCCAGAAAGCAGAACCAAACGUUGGCCAGACAGCACUGGAACGCCACGCCGGAAGAUGAAGAGGACAACGUUGCCGAUCCAGACGCGGAACACGAGUCGGAGCAUCGGUUUCUGGAGAACGAUACAGGCAGCGAUCAAGACAUCUCCGAGGACGAUGAUUUCGAGGACUCGAUCAUCGACGAAUCAAACUCCGAUCCGCACCUGGAUAAUAGAGUUCAUCCUGUACAUUCGUCCUUCUCGUCGAAGCACGAACGGUUGGCCAUCGAGUGCUCGCGACCGGAAGUCCAGACGAAUUGUAUUCCAGGUCAAAAGUGGCGCUGCGAGAGGGACGGCCACCGAUGGAGGAGGCACAAGUGCAAAUACGCCGCGCCUCCGCCGCGGGUAUCGAAGAAAUGCGCCUGUUUCACCCCGAACGGAGUCGUUUAUACCAGAUUGGAGUCCAACGAUUAUCUCGAUGGACACCGAUACGGCUUUGGCAGGGACAGAAUACCACGGACAUAUACGGACAUAUACACGGACAUGGCCAGAUAUUUUGCUAGACGAGGCAAACGAGACGUGUCAGACGCCGCCGACGAAGAUGCUAGCCAAGAUACCGACGAAUACGAUGACGACUAUAAUGACGGUGACCGGGACCGGCGAGCCAUCGACGAGGAGGAUGACGAGGAUUUCUUCCAGGAAUUAAACAGCCUCGCGGAGGACGUCAAGAGGGAAUACGUAAACUUGAUCUUUAAGAAUAGAUUUGAUAACCGGACGUUGGAAGAUGAGUCUCUCGUGUUCGAUAAUUUAAAUGAAUCCGAAUACUCGAUCGAAGACUUUGAUCCUAGCUUGGAUAAAGUGGUGAAAGGCCGACUGAACGUCGAGGACGUGGUGAAAAGGCAUAGAAGGAUACGGAGAAACGUUGCGAAGAAAGAUCCUGUUGAACAUGUGACCAAGAUCAUGGAGAGUAUCGAAGAAGAAUUAGAUGAUUUGAAGGCGACCCAAGCACGCCAGUCCGAAUCGAAAAGAACGUUUCCACCGAAAUGCUCGGUUCUUCCGCAAGGGGGAGUAAACUGUUCAGAAACCGUAUACCAAGAUCCGAACGAGUGGCGAAUUUCGAGGCGGGAAAUUGAACAACAGAUCAAAGAAAUGAGGACGCAGUUGGAAACCUUGAAAGACAUUCGUCGACAUUUGAUGACCAAGCGACCCCAAGUUAUACGAGACCAAGAAGAUGGAGGAGCAAAGAACACAGAGGAAAUACAUAAAUCGCAUCAUCACCCUUCGAAGAACCACGCGAAUCGUCAUCACAAGAAGCAUGAUCACGCAACUACGCUUAAUCCUGUUGUAACGACUAUUCUUUCCACCGUGAAGCACAAUCAAGUGACGGAAGACAGAACUACGUCUACAGAUACUAUGGAAAAAUUUGGAUUUAACGUUACAGCAGCAGAAACUACCAAUACCGAUACGAUUAGCACGACCGAGCCAACUUCGACCACGUUAUCGACGACUUUCAAACCAAAGAAGACGCCUCGUCGUCAAAAGAUAAAGGAAUCUAUUAACAACAGGACGGAAGUUGAGGAUGAUAAAUCCCAAAGACGCAGAAAGAUUCACCAUCAUCGAAGGAACAAUACGUUGUUCACGAACAGCGUACAUGAUGAGAUUCCAAUUGUGAAUGUUAGCGAAACAAUCGAGACGACUGUGACUACGCAGAGCACGACACCGAGGCACCAUUAUCGUCAAACCAAGUACACGACUGUUCCUACCACGACGACGAAAGAAACUACGAUUCAAAGGGAGACUUCUGGCAGUGCAGGAAUCACGAAUGACUUUACCAAAGAAAUCACGAUAGGAACAGACGCACAAACCGUACUAUCGACAGGGUCUGAGACAGGGUUCACUUUUGAUGAAUCGACAGAGCAACAAAGAACGACUUCGGUGUUCUCCAGGACGAAUACCGAAACUCGUUCUAGAACUACAUUCCCGUCCACGACUGUAGCUACAACGCCCAUGACCACGUUAGUUACAACAUCUUCGACUAGAAGGUUUCCAAAGAUACAGAAAAAUCGAACGACUAAUCUAGGACCUUCCAGGAUCGACGUUACCAUCUUGGAGUCCCCCGAUAGGAGGAACAAGCAAGACAUCAUAGACAUAGCAAAUAACAAUCGUCGACUACCACCGAUGCUGAACAAUCCUUUGGAAUCUCGUCACAAAUGCUACUGCGAGCCUGAUUCUUACUCGAAGAAGGAUGAAAAGGAGAUUGCUCGGGAGGAAAGGAGAAGGUUAAAGGAAGAACGUUUGAAAAAGAAGGAGAGGAAGCUGAGAAAGAAGGCUAAACUCGAGAAGGAGUGUUUAACAGAGAAAAUGAAUUGUUUCGAACACGACAACGACCAUUGGCGCACAGCUCCUUUAUGGAACGCGGGUCCAUUCUGUUUUUGCAUGAAUGCUAAUAAUAAUACGUAUUCGUGCAUUCGUACCAUUAACGCGACACACAAUUUCCUUUACUGCGAAUUUACUACCGGUUUGGUUACUUUUUAUAACCUAAGGAUCGAUCCGUUCGAACAGUGGAACAGGAUUUCGUCUUUAACGUCCUCAGAACGUUCCUAUCUUCACGAUCAGUUGGAACAUUUGAAGGGUUGCAAAGGAACGAGAGAUUGUACGGUUGGAAGCGCGAGAGAAGCGUUGCCGCAACCGCAGCAGCAUCAGAGGUUCAUUUCAAAGAGAAAAUAUGCGAAUUCAUUCGAAGAUAUGUUCAUACCAUCGACUUUACAAAUUAUUCGAGAAAGCGAACUCAGUAGUCCGCCGAAUAAGAGACGAAAAAAAUUGCAAAACAGCGUUUGGAAUAGACGAAGCAGAAGUUGGCAAAGUAGCUGGAGGCAUCAUCAAGACACUGUGAAUUAUCGCCGACACAGACACCAGUACUGAUGGUUCGUUUGUUUCUCUCUGAACAAAUCGUCGAAGGAUGCAUGACAGCAUUGCCUUAGAUGUAUAUUAAUUUCGCGAUGCAUUUAAUAACGUAAUUUAUUUAGUGAUAUUUAAUUGAGACGUGAUAUUUAAGAAUGUUCGAAUUUUAUUAAUUAGACUCGCGCUACUCGACACGAGUAUACCGUGUGUAUUUUUAACGUUAUACCUUCCACGGCAAAAUUAUUGCGACUGAUCGCACGCGUAUAAGCGUGCACCAUAUAAUCUCGCGGUUCGCGCGCGUUAAACAAUCGGGAACGAUCUAAACGAUCCUUUUUUUACUUAAUAGCCGAUAUUUUUUAUAAUAAUUUAUUUACUAUUACUCAUCUCUUAAUUAUCUCGAAUGAAACGAUACUUGCCUAACGAGAUUUAGAGCGAUUCUAAAAUCUUUGAUUAUCCGAAAAUAGUGACACGAUACUUCUUUGCGAAGUGAAUAACCGACAUCAGUAACUUUACAGACAAUAGAUUGUCUAUGUAAAAAAAAAGAAGAAAAAAAAAAGAGAAUGAUCUGAGAGUUCGUUUAUCGCGUUAGAGAGCUAUUUCAAACUUGAAUUCUACGUGACUGCGAACUGAAACGCACAACGAAAAGAACAAAACGCAAUGUAAAAGUCGUCCUGCCAAAAGUCUUAUGCCUUUCCUUACGAAAAUUUAUAUACACCGGUACCAUUGUGAAAUGUUCGUUCUAUUAAAACUGCCAUUCAUUUAAUUUUUUCCUAUUGCCUUCAAACAAUGACAUUGCAGAACAAAUUGGCUCUGCUACACAAUGUCUUACAAUCAUUUUAACCAAUCGUUAUUAGGAUGUUCAAGUAGAGACAGGAAA